CCCGCACAACGUCGAUAGCCGCCUCUCAGCAGCCAUGUUUGACACAUUAGCAGAAGACAUCCGGUGCACGUGACGCACCUCAACCAAGAUGGAGCACAUACACAUCGCUGCGCUCCGGCCGAACCUGGACGCGCUCGAAUCGAAGCAGAUCAAAGCCGUGGUCACGCUCAUAUGGCCGUACUCGUCGUCCCAGCGCCAAUUUGCCUUGCUCCUUGCCGAGCCCGACCUUGGACUGCGACGCAAGAAGGGCCAGGUCCGCGCCCGCUUCUCAGCAACCAGCGCCAGAGCUCUUGCGACAACGGGCGUGGGGGUCGGCGACGAGGUGGUGCUGAGCCUGCAUGGCGCGCAGUUUGUGCAGGAUGGCGCAGUCAGCACGCCUGGGAAGAGUCUGGACUGGGAGCUGGCAUACGCGCAGACGCUCGCCGUUUCUGUGCGCCGCAAUGGAGUUGAGAUGGCGAAUCUGGAGAUGAUAGAUGCUGCACCAACCCCAGCGCCGCGGUCGCCUGUGAAGAAACCAGCAGCAGCGCCCAGUCCGAUAGCUCAGUGGUCUUCUCCAGCUUUCCUCAAGCGCGCACGGCUCUCGGACGGCCCCUUCUUCGAACAGCCGGCGUACGAUCCCUUGGCAGACGAGAGCAACGAGGGACACGACAAGAAGCGGCGGCGCAAGUCGUACAGGGAUUGGACGGCUUGGACGUACACAGCGAGGACACCGUCGCCGGAGAAGGAGGAUGUUGGCUUGCAAGACGAGUGGGAGCAGGCCAUGUCUUCGCCGAGCAGACCACCGCAGCUGCCCAAGACGCCCAUCUCGCCUUCCAGGACCGGGCCUGCGUCGGCCACAGCAGAACCGCUGGAGGGCUCGGAGUAUAUUGAGGAAACUACAAUAGCGGACAGCGCGGAGGGCGAUACGACCGUGGACGAUGGCGAACUACAAAAGGUUCAUGUUCCGUUGACCACAAGCCCGUCGCGGCCGAAGGAGGAUGUUGGGCGCGAUGCCGACUACUACGAACUCUAUUCUGAGCCCAACGAGGGCCCUCCAUUGGACUCGCAGUAUGACUUCGGAGGCGACACCGAGCUCAAUACAGAGGACGAAGACGAAGACGAAGACGACAACGCGCCAGGGGUUGAAGAAGUUGAUGCAAGUGCUACAGAGCUGGCUACUGAGCUGGAGGACGAACACCAAUGGACAGAUAGUGAGCCAGACGCACUUGCUUCGCAACCUGUUGCAGACGCUGUCGAGGGGGUGGACGGUACAGCAAGUGCAACAGAAGAAGACAGUCUCUUCGAGGUUGCCGAAGCGGGCCAGCCGGAAGAUGCCUCCGUGGUAGUCGAAGACACGACCAUUGACGAGACAGUUCCCGAAGUGGCUGAACCUUCCAUAAUCGUCGACGACUCUCUUGCAAUCGCCAUGCCCCCUCCCAGCUUACCAGUCCUGCAUACCGACUUUGCUACGCCUAUAGCAACAGGCAUAUUAACUCCCAUCGGCAAAGAGCCAUCAAGUCCGAAUCUCAAGGCGGUGGACUCAGCUACUCUGCCACUGCCAUCGCCGUUUCCUGGAGAGCAAGCUGUGUCAUAUUUUGACUAUGUCUCAACAGGCCACCAUCAGGUGCCCCUGGACGGUCCUGCGGUCGAGGAGCAAGAGAUGGAGAGCGAUGCAGACUACAUCAUGGAGAACUCCUUCUUCAGCUCGAUCAGCUCAUCGAAAGCAGGCGGACCCCACCAGGACCAUGAAACCGCCUUCGCCCCUGUGCGCUUCACUUUUGGCCUGGACGGAGCUGGCUGGUCUCGUCCGUUAGAAUUAUCCUCACCGCCACCAGAAGACGAUCAAGCGGACACUGCUGAUAACAAAGACGUCUCAACUGCUCCUCAGGGUGAUGAGAUAAUCGAGCCAGUGCUUCACAUUGAGCCAGUCGCUCCAGGGCAACCUCAGAACGCCGAAGAAGUCACACGCUCCUCCCCAGCUAAGACUUUGGAGGAAGAUGCUGCGGAUGCGCUCGCAGCCUUAAGUGAGACUGCAAAGCCGGUCAUUGAUGCUGUUCAGCCGCCAGUCGAAACAGGCUUAGCACCAAAGUCGUCCAAUGUGAUUGCUGUGUCCUCCGAUGUGGAGUCAGACGAAAGCGAAUACGAAGAUGCAGUCAUGGUUGAGCGUGACGAAGAGCAAAGUCCAGAGCAAGAGACUGAAUCAGAGAGCGAAGAAGAGGCCAAAUCAGAAUCCGACGAAGAGCACGAGACGGAGUCCUUGGAUCUUGGCUCGCCUUCAGCUCAUGAAGUCAGUGAUGAUCAAGACGACAACGACGUUGCCGAACCAAAGCCCGUGCAAGCUGCCGACAGAAUUGCUGAUGUUGAGUCAGAGAAACGUGCUGGUGAUACUGACAACCUCCAUGAAGACAAUUUUGAUCUUCGAGUCGGAUUGACAGACGAAGCCACCGCUACGACUAUCCCUGACAGCUUCAACUUUGACGAUUUCUUGACCAAGAAUGUUGUGCAAGAGCCCACAGUUGUGUCUUCUAGCCCAGAUCAGCUUACCCACGAGCCAGCUUCGAUAGCUCUACCAGACACUUUUGAGGAGCCACCCCGCCCAGCGUUUGAUGAUUGGGAGCCGCAGGUAGGGACGGACGAGCCCCUGUCAUUCAUCGAAAACGAUGAUACGUCUGCCGCCCGGGUCGAUACUGAAGAUCCUGAUGUCAAGAUGGAGUCGGUCGAAGAUGACUCGUUGUGUCUGAUCACCCAACCGGAGACCCAGAAUGUACCGCAGAAGUCAGGCACUGGCCCUGCGACGGAGCUCCUGAUAGGCAUUCCUGAGAACGGCCACAAGCUUGGAGAAUUGCAAUUCAAGUCAGUGCCUGCAACGGCUGCCGCUAGGAAUACAAGGUCAAAGGCAAAGUCUGCAGCCUCGCCGCCGGAAGAGAAUGCGUAUGUGUCUAGGCUCAGUACAAGCAUGCGACGUACAAGAUCCAAGGCCUCGUUUGAUUCUACAAAUCGCGACACCACCUCACCCUCAGGAGCUCGAGUAUUUCCUAGGUCAACUGUCACUCCCACACGAGAUGCGACGCAAACAUCGCCUUAUAGCCUUCGAUCGCAGUCUAAGCAUAUGUCACCCGAUAAAAGUAUGGCUACCUCCCAGGUUCCGGUUCGCAGGAGCCCUCGCAAGCUCGUACAAAGAGAUACCGACUUUGACAUUGUCCCAUCUCAAGGGGAGAACCGCGAUGUGUUCGGCAGCAUGUUCGAGCCAUCACAGGAGCUAGGCUUUGGGUAUUCACAACUUUCGCAAGGUAGAAACUCUGAUGUAGGCUUCGUGAAAGACUCCGAGGAGGAUACCUCGCACUCUGAAGGCUCAAUUUCCACCGUCCAAUACUCCGAUGGCGAUGGAGUACAAGCAUGCACUAACAUGAGCGAUUCAGUGAGAGUCGUUGACGAGGAGUCUACUACACCUCGACUGAAGCCACCACCAGCGAGCCUAUCGCAGACACAGCGUCAAAAUCGCUCGAGGUCACGAUCAACAGGAGAACAGAGUACGUUUGUGUCACUAGACCGACCACCACAAACUCCAAGACGAUCGCCUAGGCUGACACGCUCGACGUUUUCUACAUCCCUGAGUCCUCGCACUGUACGCACAAGAAGAGCACCCGCUCAAAUCACUUCUCCAGCGCUUGGGGUUGAGGAGGUUGAAGACCUCCAAGAGGAGUCAACGCCAAAGGUCAACGACCAGUCCGUCAUCUACCCUGUCCUGCCGAUCGAAAGCGAAGGCGACCUUCGAAGCUCUCCACUCGCACCAAGCAUAGCCAGCGUUGCCUCUCGCAGAUCAUCUCCCGCCGCCGAACCAGCAUCUGCACAACAACUGCCCCUUCAAGAAAGUAAUCUCCUGACGCCAGACGACACCCAGCAAACAGCCUUGGAACCACCACUCUCCUUUCAAGCCCGUCAACCCGACCAAAGCCUGCUCAUCACGCCCGAGCUUACACAAAUGACGGACGCAAGCGCAACGCUACGCUCGUUUGACAUUCCGAUGCCGGGCGUACAGACACAACCUGCUCCACAUUCACCGAUCACUCGCACCUCGCCACGCCGCAAGCCCGCUGUCGCCGAGGAGAGAUCUUCCUCGCCCAUCCGUGCGUCGUCACCUAUGCAGCAAUCUUCAGAGGCUAUCUCUGAGCUCGACGAAGACGCUACGCUCGUCCAGAAAAAAGAAGAUUUGCCCUCGAUUGGACUGAGCACGCCGAUGGCGUACUACACUCCGUUGCGCGACUUGAUUUACUUCCUAAAUCGCUCCUCUCAGUUUCACUCCUCGUCAAACCCUGACGUCCUCGCCCUUUGCACAUCAGCGAGCACGACGCCUGAGAAAGCAAAGAAGGGUCCGCGACAUUGGAAUACGACGCUCCACAUUACAGACCUCUCGGUAUGGCCGGAGGCCAGAACAGUUAACAUCUUCCGCGCAUACCAGAACGCGCUGCCCAUGUGUGAGACGGGUGACGUCAUCUUGCUCCGCGCAUUCGGUGUAGAGAGUCGUAACCGCCAACCCUUGCUCAGAUCUCAAGACGAGAGCUCGUGGUGUGUUUGGCGUUACUGCAAACCGGUUUGGGGCACGAAGAAGGGGAAGUGGGGCGAGCUGAGAGCUAGAGAAGAGGUCAAGGGGCCGGUUGUUGAGAGGGGUGAGGGGGAGUGGACGGAGGUGGGGAAGUUGAGGAAUUGGUACAUGACUACGGUGAAGGCAGGUCUGGACAAACAGCACGAGGAGAGGGAGGGUAGGAAGAGGGAGACAAGGAGUUGGAGCAAAGGGGUAGAGGUGCAAGCUGAAGAGGUGGAGGGAGAUGACUAGGACAAGACCUGAAUAGUGUUGCAUAUAGCCUCUUGUGCACUCGAGAAAGCCGGACACAAGCAAAUGACCAUAACCCCGAUAGUAGCCUUGCAAUUGUAUAGGCCUCAGAGCUC